AUGGGUAUCUCUCUUCUUUCAGCCAGUGUGAAUGUGGGGAUAGUGAAUGGCACUGAAGCACAACCUCACUCCAGACCUUACAUGGUUUCGAUUCAGGAGAAUGGGGUACAUGUCUGUGGAGGAUUCCUCAUCUCAGAUGAAUCUGUCUUGACUGCUGCACAUUGCAGAGAGAAGAAUGAGAUUCUGACAGUUGUGGCAGGUGUACAAGAUUUUUCCAGCACAAAGGAGAAGCCUGUCAAAAUCGAAGUAAUGUCCUAUAAUAAGCAUCAAAAUAAGGCUGACCUGAUGAUUCUGAAGGAGGAUUCAGGAGGUCCUUUGGUUUGUGACAACACUGCAGUGGGUGUAACAUCUUUCGGCGACAAGAUCUGCAACAACCCUAAUAGAUCUAAUGUUUAUAUUGAUAUUUCACAAUUUGCACAAUGGAUCAAUCAUACAAAAAGCUAA